UGCUGUCUGUAUUCACUCCCAUACUAUAGAGAGGGGCAGAGACAGGAAGAGGUAGUGGUGUGUGAGCAGCCCUGUGCUGUUUAUCUGUCUCUGAGAGCAGAAGCGACCAUCAGCUGGGGCACAACAUGGCAGCCAAGGCUCGCGUUUUGUACGAUUUUGUUGCAGAACCCGGAAACAAUGAGCUGACUGUCAAGGAAGGGGAACUAAUCACAAUAACAAACAAGGAUGUAGGUGGAGGCUGGAUAGAAGUAAAAAACACUCAAGGGGAAAGAGGACUUGUACCAACUGAUUAUAUUGAGUUCGUAUCUGAUGGGGGUGCUAUCAAUUCAGCUGCAGAUCUAUCAUUUUUGGAAAAACUCUCUGCGGUCACAGCCAACUCUACUGCAAACAACAAUGAGCAGGUAACAGGUACCAAUGACCCAUGGUCAAGCUGGAAUGCAGCAGCCAAUCCUGUCAACUCGGAUAGUACGAAUGACCCUUGGAAUGCAAGUCAGAAAAAUGCCUCAUCAAACAACUGGGAUAGCUCUGCAGCAUUUGGUCAUCCACAGGCUUAUCAAGGUCCAGCAGGCGAGGAUGACGAUUGGGAUGACGACUGGGAUGAUGCAAAGUCCUCUCCGCCAGGUUACCUCGGUUACAAGGACAAUGAGACUUCAGAAUCAGGAACUGCAAACCGUGGACGACCUGCCUCCAUGAAGAUACCUCUAAACAAAUUUCCUGGAUUUGGUAAAUCUGGAGUUGAACAGUAUCUAUUAGCUAAGCAGCUAGUGAAAUCCAAAGAGAAAAUCCAAAUUAUUAUUGGGGAUUAUGGCCCAAUGUGGGUUUACCCAACUACUUCAUUUGACUGUGUUGUAGCCGUUCAAAAGGGAUCCAAAAUGUAUGGUCUGAAAAGUUACAUUGAAUAUCAGCUUACCACAACAAACACUAACCGGUCAGUAAACCCGUAUAAACACUUUGUGCUAUACGAACGUCUCCUAGUUAAAUUUGGAUUAGCCAUACCUAUUCCAUCUCUUCAGACAAACAAACUCACAGGCCGUUUUGAAGAAGAAUUUAUAAAGAUGCGAAUGGAGAGACUGCAAAACUGGAUGUCCAGAAUGUGCCGUCACCCAGUCGUUUCAGAGAGUGACGUUUUUCAGCAGUUCCUUAAUUUUCGAGAUGAGAAGGAAUGGAAGAUCGGGAAGAGAAAAGCAGAGAAAGAUGAAACAGUUGGGAGUAUGAUAUUUUCUACAGUGGAACCUGAAGCUCCAGACCUGGAUAUGUUAGAAGUGGAACAGAAGUGUGAAGCAGUUAGCAGAUUUACCAAAGCAAUGGAUGAUGGUGUUAAGGAUUUGCUUAACGUGGGCCAAGAGCACUGGAAACGUUGCACAGGACCUUUACCAAAGGAAUAUCAAAAGAUCGGAAAGGCAUUACAGAAUCUAUCUCAAGUUUUCAGCACCAGUGGUUAUCAAGGUGAAACAGAUCUGAACAGUGCCAUCACAGAAGCAGGAAAAACGUAUGAAUCUAUUGCUACAUUAGUUGAAGAACAGCCAAGGAAAGAUCUUCAUUUCUUGAUGGAAACUAAUCAUGAAUACAAAGGUUUCUUGAGUUGCUUUCCUGAUAUGAUAUCUGCCCACAAGGCAGCCAUUGACAAAGUGAAAGAAGGUGACAAAUUGGUGGCGACCAGUAAAAUUACACAGCAGGACAAAGUAAACAUGGUGAAGCGAGUAAGCACUAUGUCAUACGCACUGCAAGCUGAAAUGAACCACUUUCAUUCUAAUCGGAUUUAUGAUUACAAUAGUGUGAUUCGCCUAUAUUUGGAACAGCAGAUACAGUUUUAUGAGACAAUUGCUGAGAAAUUGAAACAGGCACUGAACCAAUUCCCAGUUAUGUAGAGGAACAUAUGCAACACAAAUACGUUUUUGAAAGUGCCUCUUUCCAGUUGGUGGACAUAGUGAGAUAGCCUUUUGGACAUUGGAACUAGGAGAAAACCCUGGAACUGCACAUUUGCAGCAGCUGUGUUUAAAACACAUCUUUACACUAAUUAUGCUGUUUUGUUUAAAAAAAAAAAAUAAUAAUAAUCAUCUGUCCCAUGAUGGAAGCAAUUUUCCGUUUGCACUUAAAUGUCCUGGCUUCUAAUUGUGCAUAUACACAAAGCCAUGCCUUGCCGCUUCUCACCAAGUGCUAAGCAGGAAGGGCACCUUAAUGCAGCAGUAUGACUGGAGGAAACGUUAAAGAACACACAGGUUGUGCUUUAUCCUACCUUAAUACCUUAAUUGGAAAUUGCUGAUGUGUCUGCUGGAUCCAAAUCCCAUGAUUCUUUUGAAAGGAUGUCAUAGUUGAUAUUAGCAAUAACUUGGAGGAAUUUAAAUGUUUUCUCUUCAUCAAUGUUACUAACACUAAAUGCUAUAUACACAAAUAUAUAUAUGCACAUAUAUGUGUAUGUGUGUGUUUCUAUAUAUAUAUAUAUACACACAUAUUUAUGUAUAUAUAUAUAUAUAUAUAUAAGAACAUUCUUUACUGAAGAAAAUGUAUUGUUUUUUCUUCAAUAUACCAUGAAUUAUUAGGUAUCUUGACGUAUAAAACGAAUACAUUUCAUUUCUUAAUGCAAGUUUUUCUACACCUGUAUAAACUGUAAGCAUAAACUUUAAAUAUAUGAUGUGCCAUACUUUGUGCAAUCCAUAUAUAUUAAUGAUUUUUUUGCUAUUAUUGGGCCUUGUUACAACUGUGCUUCUCCUCUGUUAAGUUUCAUUAUACUUGGUUGUGCAACUCAGGAAAAAAAGUUUCUUUUUUUUUUAAUAAACAAGGGAAACUGAUUUAUUGGAA